AAUUCCCUAAUAAGUGGGAGUAGAGAAGAAAGUUCCCACCAUGACAUGCCUCCAAAUGACCAUUUCUUAAACAAUUUUUCAUUCUCAUUCCAACCUCACCUAAAAAGACUUGCAGAACCACACAAGCACCUUCCCUCUUUAAUUUCAUAUCUGACUAUUUUGAUGAUGUCUUCAAAUACAAGACUCAAUCCAAAAGGUAGAGACUUGAGAAUAUCUAUGACGAUUAUGCCUUUGAUCCAUAACUGUAUAGAGCCAUCAUCGAGCAGCUCCUCUUGCCUGAUGUGUUUAUGGGUUGAAGUACUUUCGUUCACAAUUUUUGGGGACAACACACACAAGAAGUUUUUGUCAAGGUUUUGGUGUUUUCUCCUAUCCCGACUUAACUUUGGUAACUCAAACGAUUCGCCUGAGGAGGAGAAUUCAGAUUUUGAUUUUAGCGAGCAACAGGCUUUUGUUGCUUGCUCAAGUGAAAAGAAAGAUGAUGAAAGCUUGAGCAGAGUAGAUGUUGAAACGAUCAUGGAAAGUUUGGGAAUUUGUUGCAGCCCAGAAGGUGAAGACCCUCAGCAGAGGUUCAGUUCCAAGGAGCUUUCAGGGCUGUUUGAUGAGAAGGAGCCAAGCUUGGAGGAGGUGAAGGAAGCUUUUGAUGUGUUUGAUGAGAACAGAGAUGGGUUCAUUGAUGCAAGGGAAUUGCAGAGAGUUCUCCGUAAUUUAGGCUUAAAGGAAGGAGAAGAGCUACAUAACUGUGAGAAAAUGAUCGGGGCAUUCAAUGAAAACGGAGAUGUAAGGAUAGAUUUCAUUGGAUUUGUAAAAUUCAUGGAGAAAUCUCUAAGUUGAAUGGCAAAAUUUAGAUACAGUAUUAUUAUACGUAAGGUACUAUUAUACGUAAAGGACUGUAUCUACGUUUUACCCUUUGGAGACAAUAAUUUAAUAUAUCAAACAUACUCAAUUUUUCA